GCAUUUAAAUUCGUAAAUAAAUUAGUCUGGGCGGGCGGACUAAACUGCACUUCUCUUGAUGAAGUCCGUUAGUUAUUAUUUUUCAUACUUUUUUUCUCAUCCAAGCUCGCCACAUGCUGGUUUGGCCCUUCAACUCUUUGAUGCCUUCGUAGGGUCACCGACGUUGUUCUGAAAAAGCUUUUGGCGAGACGUCUGAUCGAUUUUCAAGGUCUUGGCGCGUGAAAUCCCGAAACGCUGGCUUCAUUUUAAUUUCUCUUCCCCUUCUGUUCCACCGUUUUAUCGAUCGUUUUCACUUUCUGCUACGAAGCCGGAACUAAUGAAACCAGCUUCGAAUUUUUGCUUCUCUGACGUUUGUGAAACGUAAGGGCAGCAUGGGGCUAACAGAAGUGGAGGCCGCUGGUUGCAGAGAAAUUUUAAACUAUUUAAAUGAGCACAAAGUGUUGAGGAUAUUUGCUUGGAAAUUCGGCCUCGAAGAUCCAGCCAGCAUUGUAGCCUGUUUGGAAAGACAGCGUCUUCUAAAGGGAUACGGGGACAGCAGCCAUAUGACGACAAGAAUGAAAGCCAUAGACUAUAUCGUCAGAGAUGCCAGCAACCCUUUAGAAAUACUAAGCAGGCAAGAUGUUCGAAAAGAACAUAUGAAAAAGUACCUCGAAUCCCGAAUGAUGGGCAAAGAAGCAAAAGGAAACAAAGCCGCUCGACUAAAGAACAUAAUUCUCAGUACAUGGCUCUCGGCAUACAGAGUUCCUGACGAGGCGUUAGAUAACGGCAAAGCUGUUCUUUUGCACUUUUUAUCGACAUUAAAUGGUGAAUCUGGUACUGAACCAUUACCGUUGAGGGAAACGUGUGAAUUUUCUUCUUUGGACUUCAUAUCGAAGCGACAAACGGGUUAUGCUGGAAGAUCUGGCUUUUAUCACGGCGUGUCAGAAGUAGCUAAAAAGAACAAUACUUUCAGAAAUGACAUCCGAUUUUUCCACUUUGAUGAUUCGGACAUGAACAUAAAGGUUCGGGGUGCUGGACAAGCUAGAGAAACGGGGCUGUAUUUCUAUGUUAUACUAACUAUCAUUCGCGACCAAUCAAGAAAUCUGACCCUUGAAAAAGCCCAAAUUGUUACUAGUAUCGACAGUGAGAACUUGCUGAUAAAUUUGUUGCAUAGUCCACAGUUUUGAACUGUCGACAUCACAUACAGGGAAAAGCAGGGUUUUAUAGAUAAUUAAUUUUAAAAUAGAAUUGCUAUUAAAUGAAGAAGCUUUUCUUCAUGGUCGAUCUUGCAAAACUUAAUUUUUUUAAUGCUAUGUUGUUAAGAUGGUUUCAAAAUGUCACACUUUCAUCAAAAUAUAACAGUUAUCUUAAUCGUUAAUCAAAUUAAUAUUGAAAAUGUUGCAUCUUUUUUUAAAUAUAAUUGUUGGCUAUUAUUAGUAUUUAUAUUCUAGUAUUUUGUUAUCUCAUAUUCAUUUAAAAAACUUCUUUCAUAUAUAAAUUUUAUUUCAUAAUCUACAGUGAUAAAAAGGAAUUCCGUAAAUAAAUUAGGAAGACGAAAUUAAUAUUGAAAAUCAAAAUUAUAUUUUUAGAUUAUUUUGGGUCAUCAUUAGUAUUUGCAUUCUACUUGGCAAUAUUUGUUAUUUCGUAUUCAUUUCAAUAA